AUGGAUGGUAUCGCUCCGAAAGCUAUUAUCACCGAUCAAGACAGAGCGAUGAAAAAUGCAAUUGCUAUUGUCUUUCCUGAAAGCCGACAUCGACUUUGUUUGUGGCAUAUUCUGAAAAAAGUUCCCGAGAAGUUGUCCUCUUAUGCUUCCUACAAAAGUGGGAUGAAGAAUGCAUUGAUGAAAUGUGUGUAUGAUACACAAACUGUUGAUGAGUUUGAGAAAUGUUGGGAUCAUUUUAUCACCUCUUACAAGUUGCAUGAGAAUGCCUGGCUUUCAAGUUUAUACACUGAGCGUGAGUAUUGGGUGCCAGCAUUCUUGAAGGACUGUUUUUGGGCUGGGAUGAGUACAACGCAACGCAGCGAGAGCAUGAAUGCUUUUUUCGAUGGCUAUGUUCAUGCAAAAACAAACUUGAAAGAAUUUGUCGAUCAGUUUGAUAGUGCGUUGAAAAAAAAAGUUGAGAGUGAAAAUAACGCGGACUUCCAUUCAUUUAGCGUUACCAUUCCUUGCAUAUCUAGAUCUCCUAUCGAGAAGAGAUUUCAAGAACUAUACACAAAUGCUAAAUUUAGGGAAGUUCAGAUGCAACUUACUGGCAUUAUCGAUUUGGAUCCAGAGUUACUUAAGAGGGAUGGUGCAGUAAAGACCUAUCUGAUAGAGGACGAAGUUCGGGUUGAAGAGUUCAGUAAGUCUGUUACGUUUUCUGUGGACUUUAGUGAGGAAAAUACAGAUGCUAAGUGUUCGUGUGGUUUAUUCCAGAUGAGGGGUAUAUUGUGCAGGCACAUUCUCGCUGUAUUUAAAUGUAACGGGAUAAAAUCCCUGCCAGAGAAGUACAUUUUAGACCGAUGGAGGAAAGAUAUCAAAAGGAGAUACACGUUAAUCGAUACCAGCUAUGACGCAGGGGAUCAACGGCCAGAUGCUUCCAGAUAUGCAAGUCUAUUAAAAAUCUGUUACCAAAUGAUUACUCAUGCAGCGGGUUCAAAAAAACAUACUGAGGAUGUCACACAUAAGUUACACGCAAUGAUUGAAUUAUAUACUGAGAAUCAAGAACCCCCAUCGAUUUCCCUCACUGGUUCGAAUGUUGGUUGUACUCAAAAUGACACAGGCACAGUGGGUAGCUCAAAACAAGUACUCAGUCCAUUAGUUGUCAGAGGGAAAGGCAGACCCCCAUCCCUGAGGAGAGCAUCCAGAAUGGAAAAAGAUAUGCGGAGAGUUAAAGGAAAGACAAAGAAAGCAGAAUUGAAACGGAAACAGAGAGAAGGCGGAGAUAUACCAGGGCAAGACACGUGCAGAAAUUUAUUUGGCCCAUCAGAGGUAGAUAUUUCUAAUGUUGGAUACGUGCAUACAUAUUAG